CGAGGGGGGGAUGUACCGUGCCUAUAGUAUACAGCGGGUGUUUUUUGUUACGAGCUUGUUUGUCUGUUCCAUGGCAAGAUAUAAUGUCCUCACAGCAAAGCGGCCUGACAUGCAGCUAACGCGUGCUGCAAACUGCUGCAGCUGCAAAACAGCUAAAAGGGAGAAAUGUGCUGUACUAAGUCAGAAAUCUCUUGACAAAUGACAGCUAGGUCUCAGGUCCCUCAGAAGACAUAGACGUGCAGGGCCUGUUUGUUUCUCUCGCUUAUCUUUGCUUCUCCUGAUGAUUUCUACUCAGAUGGAGGAAGACAUCACCUCUUUUCCUCAAAUGAUACAAAUAACAAUACAUACAACACAUCACAUUCUUAUUACUGCAAUUUUACAUUUUACACUUAUUUGGGGAAACUGAUCAAUAUAUCUGCUGCUAAUAGCCUAAUCAUAAUGUGAGCUUUCCUAUUGCAUUUCCGUAGAUCACGGUUAAUUGUUGCGUGAGUCGUUUAUGAUUGAACCUAUGAUACAAAGUCCAAGGUUUUGGUAGGUUAACCUUAACUCUUGUCUGUUAUGAGAAGUUGUUUUCUCUUAGAUUCAAAGAGCAGAGAGAGACGUCUCGGAAACAUAGAGAAAAUGCAAGAGACAGCUGAGAGGAAAGGAAGGCUGACUCUGGUCUUGGCAUUGGCAACACUCGUCUCCACUUUUGGCUCCUCUUUCCAAUAUGGUUACAAUGUUGCAGUGGUCAACUCUCCGUCCAAAUACAUGCAGGUCUUCUACAGGAUUGCAUAUCAAACUCGCUAUGGAAAUGCAAUGGAUGAUAGCCUUGUGACACUUCUGUGGUCACUCACUGUCUCUAUGUACCCUCUUGGAGGGUUCUUUGGAUCUCUCAUGGUAGGCCCGUUGGUCAACAAAUUAGGAAGAAAAGGAACCCUCCUCUUCAACAAUAUCUUCUCCAUUGUCCCAGCUAUAAUGAUGGGAGUGAGUGAGUUGGCCAGAUCCUACGAGAUGAUAAUUAUCGCUCGCUUUGUAGUGGGAAUCUGUGCAGGCAUCUCUUCCAAUGUGGUGCCCAUGUACUUGGGGGAACUCUCUCCAAAAAACCUCAGGGGUGCCAUUGGCAUAGUACCCCAGCUCUUCAUUACCAUUGGCAUCCUUACUGCCCAAGUCUUUGGCAUAAGGUCCAUCUUGGGCAACCUAGAAGACUGGCCCAUCAUGUUGGCCCUCACUGGGGUCCCAGCGGUGUUGGAGCUGCUGCUGCUGCCCUUCUUCCCAGAGAGCCCGCGCUACCUGCUCAUCCAGAAAGGAGACGAGGAUGCGGCCAGGAAAGCACUGCAGCUGGUGCGAGGCUGGGAUGACGUGGACGAGGAACUGAUGGAGAUGCACUUGGAGGACCAGUCAGAGAAAGCGGAGGGGCGUCUGUCCGUCCUCAACCUCCUUUCCUUCCACUCGCUGCGCUGGCAGCUCAUCUCCGUCAUCGCCAUGAACAUGGGCCAGCAGCUGUCCGGAGUCAAUGCGAUUUACUAUUACGCAGACAGCAUCUUCCUGUCUGCUGGUGUGAAGUUAAACGACAUCCAGUAUGUGACGGUGGGCACAGGAAGUGUUAACGUCUUCAUGACUAUUGCUGCGGUGUUCAUUGUGGAGGCCUCGGGUAGGAGGAUACUGCUUCUCCUUGGCUUCGCAAUUUGCUGUGCUGCAUGCUUUGUCCUGACCAUCGCACUCAACUUUCAGGACAGUGUGAACUGGAUGCCGUAUGUCAGCAUCGCGUGUGUAAUCAUCUACGUCAUUGGUCAUGCCAUCGGACCAAGCCCCAUCCCAUAUGUCAUCACCACUGAGAUCUUUCGGCAGUCAUCCAGACCUGCUGCGUUCAUGGUCGCCGGCUCUGUUCACUGGCUCUCCAACUUCACCGUGGGCCUUGUCUUCCCCUAUCUCGAGAAUGGACUGGGCCAGUUCAGCUUCGUCAUCUUUGGGGUGAUCUGUCUCUUCACGCUGAUCUACAUCUGGGUCCUUAUUCCUGAGACCAAGAACAAAACCUUCCUGGAGAUCAGCCAGCUGUUUGCUAAGAGGAACAAUGUGAAGAUCAUGGUGGAGGAAACAGAGAGCAAAACUAAAGACCAGGAUGGAGAGCACUGCCAGGAGGAGGAGGUGAAGGCCACAUCAUUCUGAGAGGCACUGAGCUUUGAAGGACCUUAGUCUGUCAUCUGGCUAUGAGAUGGAGGAAUCUGAUGGGCAUUAAAUCAGCAUUUAUUUCUA